AGAAGUCGAUGGCAGUCACCUGGUCGCGAUUCUAACGAGAUAACACGCCAAAGAACCCAGCGCAACAAGUACGUCCAGUUGAUUGGUCUUGCGGAAAAUUCACACUUCUGAUCGGUUUAAGUGAUCUUUUUUCUGGUGGCGGAAGAAUUGGGUUUAGUUCGAGGAAUACGUUUGGAGUGUCCAGGAAUAUGCCGCCGGUGCGAUGGAAACUAUGCUAUUGUGUUACGGCGAUUUUCGUUCAGGUAAUAGCCGAGGCCGCUGCUCAACAGAUGCAGGACUCAAUUUCGAUGUCUUCGGAUGGUUGGAGACCAAUCGUUGGUAGUAGAAGACAAAAUCCGACUGGGCAGGGGGAUUCAGAAGUUAGGCAAUAUGCGAAUCCAAGUCAGGCCUUUGAUGUGGUACCGGCGGAUGUUGUAAAUCUGGAAACUACCACUCUUCCGUACGGGCAGCAACCAACUGCGCAUUUUAGGGCUCCGGUUAAACACAGCGGAAACUAUAAGGACAGGAAAGCAGGCGCUUCCAAGCAGAAGCAGACUUACAAAACAGUCAGUCCUUAUUACAUGACAUCCGGGCAGGGUAAUCAGCAACUGAAGAAACUGCAAGCCAUCAAUAAACCGCUGCUGGUUCAAAACAAGAUGCGAAAGCCCAUCAGGGGACAAAUGGUUUCCCACAGUACUCGUAGUGAGAUUUUUGUGCCCCCACCAAUUUCAAGCACCGGUUCCGGUGGAUACUCCUUUAUCAAAUCAGCCCCCGCCAGCAACGUAAAAACCCGAGAAACUCAAGGAUUCGGACUUCUGAGCAACAAUUUCGGCCAGAGUCAGCACCUGGAACUAGCCAGAUUUCCGCUAACUGGUGAAAGCGGCAUUGUGCAAAGGCCCACGUACUUCUUGGCCCAGCCGGCGCAAAAUGAUGAUUACUCCAGGAAUUUGGUGCCUCCACCCAGAUCCAGAGGCCAGCAAAAAGGCAAACAGGACACCAAGAUCUCGCUUUAUGCGUUCAAAGAAGGUCCAUCUACGGAUUCUUCAGCACACGUUCCUCAGUUUGGUGCCAGGCCUAAUCAGUUUUUGCCACAAGUGGUACCUACAUACGAGUUUUCCAGUCAGCAGCAGCAGCAGCAACAACCGAGGCCGCAAACACUCAAAGAACAGGCUGUGGACGUGCAAGUCACUAAGGAAAACCUGAAACAGUACACUCCAAGUGGAGCUCCAUCCCCAGCAACAUUCGGUCCUAUUCCCGCACGAAAUAGCUUUCCCAUCGGAUAUGUCGACUACAACUUCCAAAAGAGCAGCCCGUCGAACUCGCCAAGUCCUCUCACGUAUGAGGUCACCGAGGGCAAAUGGAUCGACACCCCAUCCCAACAGUACCAGUUCAGGCCGCAGGAUGGAUUCUUCCAGUUCCAGAAUAUCCGGCAGGCGCCACCAAACGCCCGCCCAGGCCUGCUGUUCCAGGCCGAAGGCUCCACUCCAAGCCCGCCAGUUUUUCAGGCUCCUUUAGUGGAUUUGAGUGUGCCAGCCUUCCUGCCCACCCCUUAUAAAACGGAAGGGACCGUUAUUCCAACGUCGCCCACUCAAAGCGAGGCUGCCACUGUGUUUGCGCAAGUUAGCAACAAGAUGAAUAAGUACCGAAACAAUGCUUUGCAGGAAAGUCCUUUGUUUUUUGAUAUCAAGGAUGUUUCCACUCACUAUCCGAUUUUGGGCAAGCCAGAGGUGCAAUCAGAGGAUGGCACUGAUUAUCCCGUGGGACUAAAAGAAACUGGUGAAAUAUCCAACGAAAUCACAACGACUCAAAAGGAGCGUGUGAGACGUCCAACCAAACAGCCCGUAACUCAACCAACGUCAACCAGAGACCCGACCAAGGCGCGUAUAACCAACCGGCGUAAACCAAGGCCGCGAAAGCCCUCAACCACCACUACAGAAGCUCCAAGCGCUGAGACUUACGAACCGAUAAAAUCCCAUGAAAAUGUCGAGGAAGCUCCCAUUGAGGUGGAGCGACCCCUGAGAAGGCGAAGACCUAAACCUACAGGGUAUCGCCCGCAGGAAGCCCAAGCGCAUGUGGAGCAGGAGCCCAUUCAGAACCAGAAGGAUGCUGAGGAGGAACCGGCUACUAGACAAAGAGGCCGACAUCGUCAGCGAAACAGGCCAUCUACCGAAUCUACUCAAAGAAAGCGGCUGAGGCCAGCGCACGAAAACCUCAAACAAAAACACUUUGUUGAAGAAGUCUCCGAAACGCCUGUUGAACAGGAACAGUUAUCGUUUGAAAACGAUGCACAAAACUAUUAUUCGCCGGAGUCAGCACAGUUUAGCGAAAAUGGUCAAAGGUUUGAAACUGAAGUGCCCUCUAGACAGUAUGAGUCGGUUCAAGAGCAGCCGAUUCAGCAGGAAAAUAAGCCGUUUAUUGAGGAAAUACAUUCGGUUACUGAGACCGCCAGAGGUCCAGAACCAAACACCCGACUUCAUUUGCCGGAAAAUGAAGUUGACUUCACUACUUCUGCGGAAGUGAUUCCGGAUGUGGAAGACUUCGCCAGUACAACUCUGCAGCCGACAACGACGACGAUGGAAAUAAGCACGGUUAAAUCGACUAGAAUCCGACGACCCAUCAAGUACGAUAACUCAAACCGGCCCAGAUUUAGCGUGAAGGAAUACAGGCAGAGGCUGAACCAGCAUACUUCCACUACAACUCCAAGUACAACCACCCAGGCUAGGACUGGUUCGGAUAAUUUGAGAUUGAGGUUCCCUAGCAGGUUGAGAACGAGGCCUUCGCCCACCACUGCUAGUAGUCGGGUGGAUGAAGACGUUACCGAUGAAACCACCACUACGCCAUUGAGGAGCAGGUUCAAACCAAAGGAGCCUAGGCAUGAAACCACCACUCCGGAGUCUAAUGGGAUUAUAACCGAAAAAUCCAUCAAAGCUGUGAAUACUCGGCUAAGGCCCUUUGGUAGAACCAAGCCGAUGAGCGAAACUACAACCACAGCUUCUAAAAUUUCAAUUCGCCCCAACUUGUUCUCCGCUAGAAGACGAGCCGGAUACCCGAGCUUGAAAAGCAGAAUCCAUAACAAGAAAAAUGACAUUGAUGAAGAAAACGCGAUUGAAACUACCACAAGAGUGGAAAGCGAGCCGGAAGGUGUGGAUCCACUCAGCGCAGCUGAGUCAGCCACAACAGAGCUUUCAACAUCCACAACAGAUGCAGCUGAAGUAGAAAACGCAUCUACAGAGGUAGCAAUUGAAGAGAGCAUAACUGAGGAUAUUAUGAAGACUGACGAUUAUUUCCAGUCACAGAGAGUGUCCGACUUGACGUCCUCGUUUAAAGACUAUGACAAGCCGGGCAUAUUUAACUCAGUAGCGCCCACAAGCAGGAGUAUUCCCAAUUAUUUCACCAUAUCGACAGACGAUCCCAUAUUGCCCAUCGAGGCCUUUUUCCCCAGUUUGAAGGAAAAGUCGAAGAUGCGAUAAUCGCCAGUUGGAAGCGUGGGGGAAAGUGUACAUAGAAAAAAAUAUCCCGAUAGUAUUUUUAUUUAAGAACGUGCCUAGUUUUACGGGGUAUUUUCAUUAUGUGCGGAAAGAGCUGUUAUAACGAAAAUACCCUGAAUUGGGACAUCAAGGAACUUUCGAGCUGUUCUUGGUAUGAUGGAGAACAGAUCAAAUUUAGUUUGUAUAAUUAAUUUUAGGUUUACUACUUAGGAAAAACCAUUGUUUCGCAACUUGUCAUUAUUUAUUCAAAGUCCAUACCAAAUGAAUCACGUGCAAUUUUGUAUAAAAACAAAUUAUUUAUUUUUUAGGUGUUUAAGUUUUUUUUGGUUUCUUUAUUAAGCUCAUUGGGACUGAAACUGUUAUUGUUUAUGUUAUAUAUAUAUUUCACAAUAAAAACGUGUUUUAUUUAAGGCAAUGUGAGCUUUUUGCAGGGUCAAUUUUGUAAUGGAAAAGUCAGUUGUAUAGUAAUAUGUUAAAAAAAUGCGCGUAUCUAGUUUAAAAUGAUAAAAUUGUACUGCAAUUUUACUAAUUGUAUUUCUUCGUUUGUGGGUGGUGCUUAAAAACGCCUUUUGAAAAGGAAACAGUAAAGAAAAGGUUGAAACAAACUAAAGAUUUUUAAUAAAAUUUAGUUUUAAUUAACAGUUAAAUUAUACAAAAGCAAUACAUACAGAAUAUGCGCACAAAGACGAGCGUUUCGUACUGGCGAUUACAAAACACUGUCCCGAUCACGUUUAAAUGGUAAUCACACUUUCGCAAUUGCUAGAUAGAACUAGAAAACUCGUUUAGAAAUAAAAAUUACAAUAGCAUAAUGUUUGUAAAGUUAGGGUUAGGACAAAUUAGUAAACACAAUAUGUAAUUAAAGAACAUGGAAAAUCAAAUGGUCCCGUUUUCUAUAGCCAACAUAAAAUCCACAGAUUUGGUACAAACUGAACAAAACUUAAAGUGCUAGAUUGAAGCAUAAAAAGUGGUUCUUAUCCAUCUAACAAUAAAAAUAUAAAUAAUUCGAUUUUGUAAUAUAUGGCAACCAAUUUACAAAAAGA